CGGGAGUUGACGCAUGCGCAGUACCCGGAAGAGCUGGGACAGCGUAAAGAGGGGCUGGCUUAGAAGGUUUAUAGGUCCGUGAAUAUCGCCGCUGCUUCUCACCGCUGGAUUAUUGGGGGAGAGUUGUCGACACUCGACCGGGACUCGCAGCGCAAAGACUGGGUUUAAGAGGAGCCGGGCUGCAAACCGUUCCUUCCCCUCCGUACGGACUGGAUUCCUAGUCUGACCCGGACUCUCUCUACAUGCACAGCCUGCUCUGUGUCGGGCUCCCAUCCACACCCUGCCCGCACCUCUCACUGCUCACUCCUUGCACUUUCACUGCUCACUAAUUGUACUCUCACUGCACUUCCAAUCACUCACAUGUGCAGCACCCUGCACCCUCCCCACUGUAGCCAGUGACAGGGACCCCCAGCAGCACCCAGCACCCUAUACUGCACCUGAGCCACAUACUGAUUUACUCUACCCUGAUUUUUAUAUAUCACUAUAAUACCUGCAACUCUCACCUCCUCAUUAUUAUUAUUAUUAUUAUUAUUAUUUCUAUAUCCCUUUUAUUUACCUUAUUCUCUUAUUCUGCAGCAUCCACAGGGGUGCCCAGACUUGAGAGGCUUCUGUAUCUGAUUUUAUAUUAGGAAUCACUAAGAAAUAAUCAUCCUCGUUCAUUAUAAAGCGAUUACAUUUAAUAGUGCUACACCAUUUAGAAAAAUUGCACGUGCUUCCAAAAGACCCCCAAACCCCUUAUAAAAAAAACAAGCGUAAUGAUAAUAGGCGUAAGCUGUGUAGACCACAAUAAGGAUAUGAUUCAGCUGGAGUAAUGGUAGUUGGACACUAAGGUUGAUCUAUGCACAGUUCUGUAUAGGGUGUGACAUCCCCAAAUCACUCUACGUCCCCUUUCACUAUACACGCCCCCCACACCAUUGAGCUGACAGCAGCUUUAUCGCUGAAACCAGCUGAAAACACACAAUACAAUGUCAAUGUUCCCUUUUGUGAGUCGGACUGCUCUGCGUCCUGCUGUGUAUCUGAAGACAUGGAGCAGGCUAGGGGUAGGCAAGCAACAGUGCACCGGGGGCGCAGCCAUGCUGAGCUGCAGGUUAUUGGGCACUCACCCAAGAAAGGAGCCUAUUGAAUCCCUAAACACGGCUCAAGGGGCCAAGGACUUCAUCUACAGCCUGCACUCCACUGAGAGGAGCUGCCUCCUGCGGGAGCUGCACAAAUUUGAAUCUAUAGCAAUUGCACAAGCCUCCCGAUAUCCCAAAACCCACCUGUUCAAGAAUAGCCGGAUUCAUGAGUUGCCUUCAGAAAAACUGGAAGUCGACCCGCCUUCUUCAGGGCAACUAAAGCACGUUUUGUUCCACAAUGCUCUUCCAUUCGUAGGAUUUGGCUUCUUGGAUAAUGCCAUCAUGAUUGCUGCCGGGACACAGAUAGAACUGUCUAUUGGGGUCAUUUUAGGAAUAUCCACCAUGGCAGCUGCCGCCUUAGGAAACCUAGUGUCAGAUUUAGCAGGACUUGGCCUUGCAGGUUAUGUUGAAGCCAUAUCUUCUAGGCUGGGUCUGCCGAUCCCUGACCUGACACCAAAACAAGCAGAUAUGUGGCAAACGCGUGUUAGUGCCCACUUGGGCAAAGCAAUAGGAGUGUCCAUUGGCUGCAUACUAGGAAUGUUUCCCCUUUUGUUCUUUUCUUGGGACGAAGAGAAAACUGCAGAGGAGAAGAAGAAGAAAUAACAUCGACCGUCCCAGUGAAACCCAUAACUCGUAUAGUUUGCAGUGCACAGAAAAUAAGACUUGUACGUGGGAACAAACGGAACGUUGCACUUCCUCACAUCAUGUUCACCUGACAUUCAUUGACUUCCUAUUUAUAUGCAGAGACAUGGCAAACCUUGCCUGUGACUUCCAGGAAAAAAAAAAAAAGCAAGUUGGUCUGAACAGCAGUUUUCAUCUAUAGGAAUCUCCAGCUUCUCCUGAACUCCAGCUCUUAGUCCUUUAGCUGCUGGAGGGGGGAGGCUGAGAGUUGUAGUUCAGCAAUCUGCUAUUGUGCUUCUCUCAUUGUGACCCUAUAUAUAUAUAUUGCAAACACUAACUAGGUGCAGGCUCUUCCCAAUAAAAUGACACUAUACCUGCAA